GGCCAAACCUUAACCGAACGUUUUUUUAAGUAAACGUAUCAACUUCUCCUCAAAUUCUUGAUCCACAAAAAGCUGCAACACACAUUACCCUCACUCACUCACACUGUGUGCGUAUGUGAAAGAGAGAGAGAGAGCCGACAAUGGCGGGAUUGAAUAUAUUAUCGCCAUGGCAGCUGUCAGCUUCUUCCACGUCAUCAUCAUCAUCCUAUUCUUUACGUUUUCGGCAUUCUUUUUAUGAUUUUAAUAAUAAUAAUAAUGUUUCCAAUUGCGGCCAUAUCAAAUGCUGUAAAUUCGGGUCGUCUCCCUCUUCUGAAAAUGCAAAAUCAAAGCCUCCUCCUUUCUCUUCUCACAUGCUCCCCAAUUCUUCAGGCAGUGGAUAUUCAAGGAUGCAUGAUAAAUCUGCUUCUUGUGAUAAUUUUUCCCCCAAUGGAAGGACGCAAGGUCCAUUGAAUGCUGUGUCUCCAAAAGAACGAGCACAAGUUUCUGCUGUGGAUGAUCUUUAUGAAUUCAUAGUCUCAGGUCCCCUAAUCAGUAAGAUAGGUCUGACACCAGAAAAGGUGGCUGAGUCCAUUGACAACUGGAUAGAGUAUGGAUUACGGCUUUGUAGAUUGUUUCGGCUCAACCAGUUGGCUCUCAACGAGGCCCAAAAAAUUCGAAUCUACCACUACUAUAUUCCUGUCUUCUUGUGGUGUGAACAGGAAAUCUCGCAGCAUAGUUCCAAGUUCAAAGAAGAAGAAGAAAUCCCUCCAUUGGUGAUUGGCUUCAGUGCACCUCAAGGAUGUGGAAAGACAACGCUAGUAUUCGCAUUAGAAUAUCUUUUUAAAAUCACAGGGAGGAAAGCUGCUACAGUAUCCAUUGAUGAUUUUUACUUAACGGCAGAAGAACAGGCGAAACUAAGAGACAGCAACCCAGGGAACUUGCUUUUGGAGUUUCGCGGAAAUGCUGGAAGCCAUGAUCUUCCAUUCUCUAUUGAGACACUGACAGAGCUAAGUAAAUUGACAAAAGAAGGUGUGAAGAUGAAUCUUCCUAGAUAUGAUAAAUCUGCUUACAGUGGUAGAGGUGACCGAGCUGAUCACUCCACAUGGCCAGAGGUCGAAGGGCCUCUACCGGUAGUUCUGUUUGAAGGUUGGAUGCUUGGUUUCAAACCCCUUCCACCUGAAGUUGUCAAAGCUGUUGAUCCACAGCUAGAGACGGUCAACAAGAACUUAGAAGCUUAUUAUGAUGCAUGGCAUAAGUAUGUCAAAUCAUGGGUUGUCAUCAAGAUCCAAGACCCUAGUUAUGUCUACAAAUGGCGUUUGCAGGCGGAAAUUGCAAUGAGGGCUGACGGGAACCCUGGGAUGUCUGAUGAGGAGGUGUUGGACUUUGUAUCCCGCUACUUGCCAGCAUACAAGGCUUACCUUCCUACACUAUACUCAGAAGGACCUAGUGGGUCAGAUCCCGAGCAUGUUCUUCUCAUUGAUAUCGAUGAAGGGAGAAAUCCCAUCCUUGGUUGCUAGGUAAAUCUGCAGUUAUGGAGUUAACUUUGAUCCUUGAUAGAUUAUUAAGCAACGAUUGGGGACCCUUGCAAGCAUCAUAUCCUCCUGAGAGUCUCUUCAAUCGUACAUUCAAAUGUACUAUUGUAUAUUAAGCCACAUGUGAAGGUAAAAUGUUUGAGCAAAAUUUUGCUGGAGUUACUUUGUUAAAUUUAGAUCCUCGACCGAUUUUUGUGCAAAGAUUAGACCCUCACAACCGUUCUUUCCAUCCGAAUGUGUUCUCAGUUGUAAUUUGAAAUUUAAUAGUGUAAAUCAAGCCAUAUGUGAAGGUAACAAUGUCUAUUAUUUUGUUGUUCAACUGACUUUCUUUUGACUUA